GUAGAAGUAGGUACGAUAGCUCUGGUCGGGCGACCACGGAGGCUCAGUGGUGGGGCAAAAGUGGGUCCUUAGAGGACAUCACCACGCGGGCCGUGCUCCUCGAAUUUUCGAUGAACCGCACACGACGUCGAGGUCCUCUCUCGCCAAGAAUCCGGUCUAUGCGCAUUCAGAGAUACUUGUUAAUCUGCCAAUUGAGUAGAUAGAUAGAGCCGUUGGCGUUGGUAUAAACCCUCGCGGUUAUUGUGUGUCCACUGAGCCUCGCAAUCAUUUUUUUCUUGAUCUACAUCGUCCUGACCACCUCCAAACGACAAUCCGUGGCCGGUCUCUCGAGAGGCCUUCCCCUUCAGGCGCCCAUUCGUCUCCUUGGACCCUCGACCACUCCUCCUAAGCUUGUCCGACAUCGCGCCCAACUUCACCCGUCUCCCCGAUGCCACAACCCCUGAGCACGAGAGAGGCGAACCUCUUUCGCACCAUUGUUCGGUAUUAUGAAGACAAGCAGUACAAGCGCGGCCUCAAGGCUGCCGACCAAAUCCUCAAGAAGAACCCGAAACAUGGCGACACCAGCGCGAUGAAGGCGUUGAUCAUGAACGCCCAGGGCAAGACUGACGAGGCCUUCGCCCUCGCUAAGGAAGCCUUGACGAUGGACAUGAAAUCCCAUAUCUGCUGGCACGUAUACGGGAUCCUGUACAGGACGAACAAGAACUUCGACGAAGCUAUCAAGGCGUACAAGUUUGCGCUGAAGCUAGAGCCCGAGUCGCAGCAGAUCCAGCGUGACCUAGCCAUUCUCCAAAUCCAGAUGCGUGACUACCAGGGUUACGUGCAGAGCAGGUUCGCAAUGCUCAAGGCGAGGCCUCAGCUGCGCCAGAGCUGGACGGCGCUGGCCAUUGCAUAUCACCUCGCCGGGAAUCUGUCGCAGGCGGAGAACAUCCUCACAACGUACGAGAACUCGCUCAAAACGCCCCCGCCGAAGUCGGAUUUCGAGAGCUCGGAAGCUGCUUUAUAUAAGAACUCGGUGAUUGCGGAACAGGGGGAUAUCCAACGGGCCCUAGAGCAUCUCGAGUCUAUCGGCAAGGACAACCUGGACAGAUUGGCGGUUUUGGAGCUUCGUGCGCGGUAUCUAGCCCAACUGGAGAGAAAAGAAGAUGCGGCCAAGGCAUAUCGGGCUUUGGUAGAGCGGAAUUCAGAACAUCCCGAUUACUACCGUGCGUUGGUCGAGGUCGUAGACCUCCCCGAAGGCGACGAGAUUGCGCUUAAAGCGGUAUAUGACGAAUAUGCAGACAAGUUUCCGCGCUGUGACGCUGCGCGGAGGCUACCGUUGGACUUCCUCACUGGCGACGCGUUCCGAGAUUCUGCCAAGCAGUACUUGACCCUGAUGCUGAACAAAGGGGUGCCAUCUACAUUUGCCAACCUCAAGCACCUGUACAGCGAUUCCUCCAAGAAAGAUACCCUGCCCGUGCUCGUCGAAGAGUACAUAAAAGAGCAGAGGGGUAUCGGGGAGAGCACUGAGCAAGUGAAUGGCAACAGUUCCAAGGGUCAGGCGGCUGCCUUUUACUUCCUUGCUCAGCAUUAUAGCUACCAUCUGAGCCGGGACCUCGAGAAAGCCAUGGAUUAUGUCCAUAAAGCGAUUGAAUUGGCGCCAGAGGACGUCGAUUUCCACAUGACGAAAGCCAGGAUAUUCAAACACCAUGGGAACACCCAAAAGGCGGCGGAUGCCAUGGACCAAGCUCGAUCCCUCGAUACCAGGGACAGAUAUAUCAACACCAAGGCUGCCAAGUACCAACUCCGCAACAACGAGAACGAGAAAGCAUUGGCGACUAUGGGUAUGUUUACAAGAGCUGAAACGGUCGGUGGCCCUCUUGCCGACCUGCUCGACAUGCAAUGCAUUUGGUUUUUGACUGAGGAUGGCGAGGCAUACGCCCGCCGGGGCAAUAUCGGCCUGGCUCUCAAGCGCUUCCACGCCGUCUACAACAUCUUCGACAUUUGGCAAGAAGACCAGUUUGACUUCCACAGCUUUUCCCUGCGGAAGGGCCAGGUUCGGGCCUAUAUUGACAUGGUGCGGUGGGAGGACCAACUGCGAGAACAUCCAUUCUAUGCUCGCGUCGCCCUGGAUGCCAUCAAGAUCUACCUCGACCUGCACGACCACCAGGGCGUGAAUGGCACCAAUGGUGUUGACGGAAGCCAGGUCAAUGGUGACGAUGCGGCGGAGAGGAAGAAGGCUGCCAAGAAGGCGAAGAAGGAGGCACAGAAGGCCGAGCGAGAGGCUGCGGAGAAGGCAGCGAAACAAGACCCUAACAAGCCCGGCGCAAAGAGCAAAGACGCUGCCGAAGCCGCCAAGAAGGUCGACGACGAUCCAAACGGCUUGAAGCUCGCCGCAACGGCAGAUCCGCUCGGCGAGGCGACGAAGUUCCUUGGCCACUUGCUGCAGUUCAGCCCGAAGAAUAUCGAUGCGCAGAUUGCUGGGUUUGAGGUCUUUAUGAGACGGAAAAAGUACGUCCUCGCUCUGCGCUGUCUGAACGCCGGUCUUGCGCUCAAUCCGCAACACCCAGCACUGCACGCGCAGGCGGUCGAGCUCCGCCACGUGCUGAACUCAAAGCUCGAUUCGUUGCCACCAAAGGCCCGGGAAGUCUUGGAGGCAGACUUCACCGCCGUUCCCGCGUCGGCCGAUCUGAAGAUAUUGAACGCCGAGUUCCGCGAGAAGCACAAAGACAGCGCCCAACACAGAAUAGCCGCCGCCCGCGCUGCAAGCAUCCUGGGGGACGAUUCUGCCAAGGUCGAGAGAGACUUGUUUGAUGUCCUGUCAUCCGACCUGACUACCUUUGCCGAUGCUGUGAGCAUCCUAGAAGUGCUCAAGGAUUGGCGAAGCAGCGAGGUUGCCGCGUUCAAGAAGGUUGCCCAUGAAAAGUGGCCCGAGGUCACCCUAUUUGCAUAAGUGCCACUCGUAUGCGUCCAAUGGAGCUUUGCAGCAAAGGCCACGACCCUGUACGGCAUCUUGGGUGUGUUCAUCGACACAACUAUGUAUCUAGUUCUUGAUUACGGGCUUGUCCGGGUCUGGUGGUGGUUGUUUAAGAUGAGGCCUCAAAAGUUGUGCGUUGCAUUUCAGUAUCUAGAGGCAAGAAUAUCUGUGGACGCACAGCACACCAGGUGUCCAUAGAUCUUGGUCCUGCCCUUGGAUCUGCGAAUUCCUGCCACUUCUAGCUCUGUGGCGUGAUCUAGAGAGAAGAGCAUGCCUUUCCCCAGGUCAAAUACCUACCUGCCUGCUACUCCG